AUGAGCUCACUGAUACUGCCUGCCACCGCACCUCCUCCACUCUCGGCGGCACCGCCGCCUUUUCUGACACCAAGAAACUACAUUCCUCCCCAUGUAUACAAACAUCCGGCAGCUAUUCUUCUUGAGCUCUGCACUUCCGUGAAAGAACUCCAUCAAUUCAUCCCUCUUGUAAUAAAAAACGGCCUCUACGGUGAGCACCUUUUCCAAACCAAGAUUGUAAGUUUGUUCUGCAAAUUCGGUAGACUAAACGAUGCCCUCAAAGUAUUCGAGCCCAUUGAGUCCAAGACUGAUCCCAUCUAUCACACUCUCCUUAAAGGGUAUGUACAACAAGACACUAUGAUUAAUGCUUACAAGUUCUUCUGUCGAAUGAAGUGUGAUAGUGUAGCUCCCGUGGUGUAUAAUUUCACAUAUUUAUUGAAAGCUUGUGCGGAUAGUUUUGAUGCUAAAAGGGGUAAGGAAAUUCACGCUCAGUUGAUUUUAAAUGGUUUCUCUUCUAAUUUGUUUGCCAUGACUAGUGUGGUUAACUUGAAAGUAAUUCACGGUAGUGAUUCAGUUGGGAGUGCAAGGAAGGAGAUUGUUCUUUGGUUCCCAGAUCGAAUUGCAGAAUGGACGAGCAGCCUUCACCCUUGA